AUGGGAAACGUUCUAGGAAGCAUGUUCAGCCGUGUGUGGGGAGGCAACAAGGAGAUUCGAAUCCUGAUUAUUGGAUUGGACGGUGCCGGCAAGACCACCAUUCUGUACCGGCUACAGCUUGGUGAAGUUGUGGACACAGUCCCCACCAUUGGUUUCAACGUGGAAACCCUGACUUACAAAAACCUCAAACUCAACGUGUGGGAUCUCGGAGGACAGACCAGUAUCCGACCAUACUGGCGAUGCUACUACGCCAACACAGCUGCUAUCAUUUUUGUGGUCGAUUCCACCGACAAGCAGCGAAUCGACAUGUGCAAGGAGGAGCUGCAUUCCAUGCUGGAGGAGGACGAGUUACAAAACGCAGUGCUGCUCGUUUUCGCCAACAAGCAGGAUCAGGAGGGAGCCAUGACCGCGGCGGAGGUAUCCACUGCUCUCGAUCUCGUUUCGCUCAAGGAUCGAAGCUGGAGCAUCAUGCCCUGCAGUGCUCUGAAGGGAGAGGGUCUUAGUGAGGGUCUGGACUGGCUCACUGGUGUUAUUAAGGAGGAGGUAUUGUAA